AUGGCGAGUACCGGUGACAGCUUACCGCCUACAGUCGAGGCGGACAGCGCCGCUGUGGCGACAAUCCCAUCGCGUGCUGUGGCAGCAGGUCUGAAAUUCCAUCAUACCGCUCCUCUACGUCCUUUGAAGGACGAGGUACUUGAGUUGCUGCUACCUUGGCGUGGCAGAAAGGAUAAACCACCUUUCACACUUGGCCAAAUGAUCGUCAUGAUUCUCGUCAUCGGAGACUUGGGACCGUGGUCUGUGGAGAGGAUUCAUAUCAUGAUUCUCCAACAGUUCGAUUACUAUGGGGAGGACGCUUUGGUGGAGUUUGUCACGCAGCUGAAUGCCGAAAAGAGCAUUGAAUACAACUACGCGAGCGACGACAAUGUGCGCAUGUACGGCGUAAUUGGCGACAUUUAUCGUACUGUGCAACACUUUGAUCUGCCGUUGACGCGUAUCCCGGCCGACCAGGACCAUCCAGAUGUUACCAAAGACAAGUUCACGAUCUCUAAUGCUGCGGCACGCUGCUUCUUGCGGGAGCUCCUGGAGCCUCCACGACAGGGAGCUUUCGACUUCAUGGGGCUGCCACCGGAGCUUCGCGAGAAAAUCUACAAGAUGGUCAUGGUCUAUCCCAAGCCUGGCUUUACGCGUGCUAGGCACGUCAUCUUCCGAAACCCGGAUGUCGAGUUCCUUGACAAGACCAUGCUGCGGCCUCGCGACGAUGCAGAUGUGCCGACAUUCCAGGCCUCUGCAGAGACGAUAGCGAAUUACACCCCAGUCGAGAAACUUACCACGACGCUCGGGUUGUUGCGCGUUUCGAAGCAGGUCCAUCACGAGGCGCUGCCGGUGUUCUAUGGCCAGAAUGGCUUUCGAUUCGGGACUCUGUACUAUUUGCUCGAUGCUCUCCAGCUCAUGUCGCGCGAGACCAUUCAGCAGGUACGAGACGUUCGAGUCGUCGUCAAGUACGUUGAUCUGUCCCGAGAUAUUCGUCCUACGCCAGUAAAGCUGUCUUACCUUUCCCCGGUGAACCUGGUGCUAAUCGUACCACGCGACAAUCCUAGCUGGGAGCAGACUUUUACAAGCGAAAGCAAGGAGAUGGGUUUCGCUUAUGGCAGGAAGUUGAGAUGUUUGAUCGAUCUUGCUCAGCGGGCGGGGCAUGUUGAGGUCAAAGGCGAUGGUGUCUUCGGAGACUGGCUUCGCAAAGAGAUCGAAACGUCGCAGAAGGCGGUUGAAGUGAUUGGAGAAGAGGGAAAGAGCACGAUGCCGCAUGCAGACCCAUAG